GUCAUUCAUAACACACGUUUACGUGAAGUUUUAAAUCCUGAAGGUCCCUGGUAUAUGUGUCCAGAUCAUGCAGGAUUUAUUCAGAUAUUUCGUUUUAUUCAUUAUUUUUUCACUCGAAUUUUUACUUGGCAAAAAUAAUGCUGAACAAGAUUAUUAUGACAUUCUCGGGAUAAGUAAAUCAGCCUCAAAUAGUGAUGUUAAAAAAGCCUUCCGGAAACUAGCGUUAAAAUAUCAUCCAGAUAAAAAUAAGGAUGAAGACGCACAGAAAAAGUUUUUGAAAAUUGCUGAAGCUUAUGAUGUGCUCUCUGAUGAUGAAAAACGUAAACAGUAUGAUAGUGUUGGACAUAGUUAUUAUACACAACAGCCUGGUGGAAGUGGUGCUCCAGAUUUCGAUUUUAAUAGUUUCUUCCGAAACUUUGAUAUGUUUCGUCAGCACAGACAUACUGAUGAUCAUGGUUCGUUCUUCAAUUUUCGUGGUUUAUUUGACGAUGAUGACGGUGAUGACGAUGGCUUCUUUUCACCAUUCGGCAGCAUGUUCCAUUCAUCAGAUGAAUCUCAUGGGUUUGUUAGACAUCAAGGUCAACAAAACUGUCAAACUCAAACCAUACGAAGAGGUAAUACAAUUAUUACUCAAACACGUUGUUCUUAAUUACAUCAUAGAAGUGAUUUCAUUGAUAUUAUUUUGUACUAUUAUACAAAAAUAUCUCACUGUUGUUUGCCCUCUUGAUAAGCUUAAAAUUGUGUACAGCCGGUGGUCGUUAUGAUAAUGUUUUACAAUGUCAUUUUGUUUAUAUGAACGUUGUAUUACUUUUUCUAAUAAUCCACAUAAAAUAACUGGUUGUUCAUAUCACACACAGCGUUUUGUUUUGUUUGGAAAAAAAAUGUUCUUUAUAUCUAAAGACGUGUGCCUACUCAUUCAUCUCUUCUACUUUAUUCUGUUGAGACUACCAUUGUCUUUCUCUUGUCAUUGGUUGGCGUGGAUAAUUUUAAGGAGUAAAGAAAAUGUGUAAAAGGUAAUUUCCACAAACAUUAAACAACCAUGAUAAAUAAAAAUUUCCACUAUUUCAUUCGUUUGAUAGAUAUAACCAACUGUUGAUUGUUGUUUGGUUCAACAAAUUUCCAUAAUAAAAAUUAAAGCCAUUAA